CCGGGUCAUCAGGUACCGGAUUGUCUGGCUCGACAGCGGGCAUCGGGUCACCAGGUAUGACAGCGGGCACUGGGUCACCAGGCAUCAGGUCAUUUGGCUUGCCAGCGGGCACCACGUCAUCUGGCAAGGCAGUGGGCACCGGGUCACCAGGCAUUGGAUCGUCUGGCUCGACAGCGGGCAUCGGGUCACCAGGUAUGACAGCGGGCACUGGGUCACCAGGCAUCAGGUCAUUUGGCUCGCCAGCGGGCACCGCGUCAUCUGGCAAGGCAGUGGGCACCGAGUCACCAGGUACGACAGCGGGCUCUGAGUCAAUUGGCACGACAGCGGGCACCGGAUCAGGUACCGGAUCAUCUGGAUCAACAGCGGGCAUCGAGUCAACUGGCCUAAUAGGAUCGUCAGGCUGGAUCAGUUCAUCAUGCUGGGUAGAGGCAUCAGGCUGAAUGCCGGCGCCGAGUAGAGGCUUCAGGCCGAGUAGAGGCUUCAGGCCGAGUAGAGGCUUCAGGCCGAGUAGAGGCUUCAGGCUGCGUACAGGCAUCAGG